AUGGGUUGUGCCAGCAGUACGCAACCUCUGAUAACAACUGCCGGAAGUGAAAUGUUAAAAGCAGCCACAAAUGCUGUCUCGGAUGCAACUAAAACAGCUGAAGGUGCUGUGCAAGGCGUUAAAGAUACAUUGGGGAAAAAUUUAAUUGCGGUUAAGGAAAAUGCUGACAACGUGAUGCAGGAUGUCAAGCAUGAGGUAGAUCAAACAGUAAGAGAGAAGGCCGAAAUGUUGGAGGAGGCGAAAAAUUCGCUUUUAAGUAAAUUGCAUUUAGGUCAACAGACAGACGCGAUUGCAGAUAACAGUAACGAUAACGGUAACUGUAACGGUGUUAGCGAUGCGAGUACAUUAGACGUGGCAAAAAUAGGGGAGACAGAAAUUUUAAAUAUAACUGAAAAAAUGAACACAACAACAUCCGUACAAUCCGCAAUUAAUAGGAGAAGUGAGAACGUGUUAAUGCGAAACGAUAGCGAGGCGGAUAGUUUGCGUACGUCUACACCAGAACCGGAAAUUGAGCAAGCUUUAGCAAAUGUUAGCGUAGAUGAUGAUAAUGUUAGCCCGCCCACACCGAAACCGCAUUUCGCGGAACUUGAAAAGUUAACGGAAGAAUCAAAUCAACAACAACAGCAGCGGCAGCAGCAACAGCAACUUGCGAACGUUUUAACGGACAGUAUGCCAACGACCACAACAGCAGCUGAUAGCAUCAUAAUAAAGGAAGCGAAUAACUCUGAAAAAGAGCAUGUGCUAGCCGAACAAGUCACAUUAUUGUCUGACAAGACUAAUAAAAACACUAAUAACAGCUCUACCGAACAACUUAUUAUUCGCAAACAGCGUGCGUUGGGGCAGGGGCAGGGGCAGGGGCUCCAAAGGCACCGUCCCACCACUACGGAGUGGGAACGAAAUGCUGAUUUGUUGGCCACAUUGCGUAAAUUCAAUUCGCAUAUUGCAAACAAACAUGGCAAUAAUUUGACACGUUUACCGCAUAGCCAGUGUAAUGGGAGACGCGAUGGCUAUCAUAAUGAGAACAACGAUGCAUGCGAUAAUUUGUGCAAUUGCUUGGGAAGUCCGCUUAACAUUCAAUCCUCGAGUAAUAUGAUGCAUGAAAGGAGAACCGCGUCAUCGGAUAAGGAGUACAGUAAUGGCUUUGCAAACUUAACGACAGGUCGUAAGUUUGAUUACAAUUAUAAUCGUCAGAGAUUCAGUGUAAGUUUACAAACAGCAGUAGUGGCAAUAAGUUAA